UCAGGUGUUCCCUUUUGCUGUGCGUACACAGCUCGGCUCGUUGGUUGUGAAUAGCAUUGUGAAACAUUGCCGAAUCACCUAAGGUUUAAGGCAGCAUGGCUUCAACACUGUGUUUCUUAAGCUUCCUAUCUGUGUUCGUGACAUUCUGUGUCCUUGCUCCAGCGACACUGACUGUGCCAAGCCACCAUGAUUGGGAGGUUAACAUAGUUCUCAUCGAGGAUGGAAUAGAUCAACACCCUGGAACUAGCGUGCAUUCGAAAGAAGCAUACUACCAGGAGAUGUGUCUAUCCGUUUCGCGACGCCUCCAACUGCUUCGUGUCGGAACAUUCUAUUUCAGAAAAGGAUUCUUAACGUUAUCACAUGAAGAAAGCCAAGCUCUGUUUGUAAGAGCUGGGAGGCCAGCGAAUAUAAACGAAGUAUUUCUCCAAUGGAAGUCAACAUUAGCUAAGAAGUACAAAAGACAUACCGCUGGUAAAGAUCUGGUCAUUUUACUAACGAGACGGACAAUCACAGCACCUAAUGGGGCAGGGGGCUCUGGCUUUGCUCUGAAGGGAAGUUUGUGCACGCAAGACAACUUUGUGUUGGUGAAAGACGAUGGAAGCUUUUUAGCCGUGAACACCCUUGUGAAGGUUUUCCUGAAUUCGAUGGGCAUAGAUGUAGACGGCGUAGGCGCUGCUGACUCCUGUCGGAAUGAUGAAGGACACCUCAUGGGAACAGACCUCCACCUCCCUUUGGCUUUCUCCGAGUGUACAAUGCGUCAGCUGCCAGAGGCAAUAAGGAAGAUGACAUGCCUAACGAAGGCUUCUUCUUCAAAGUCAGCCAAGACUCUUCCAAUACCUCCGUUGAUUUCAAGGCUGGCAUAUUGUUCAGCGUUGAGCUUAGGACACUGUGACAAAUUGGGAAUGGGCACCCUAGCUGGCCUAACUUAUCGGGAAAAGUUUUGCUUCGUCUUCUGCUGCAGAGGCUUUGGGCCUCUUAACAAGAUGGUCGCACCUGAUGGCCUACAGUGCGGCAAAGAUGUCACUGGUUUCGUGGACAGGAGAUGUAUAAAUGGCGAAUGUGUUCAAGUGAAAUAGCCAAAGAACACUUCGUGGAACCUAGAGAUACACUUGGCAAUGAAUAAACCGCCGAGGGAAGCUUGCAGUCCGCCUAAACGCAUCGGAGUGCUUAUGUUAUUAGCAAUAAUAUGGUACCUGGCACGCUCUUCUUGGGCUGACUAUCUACAUAUCUAUCUCUCUAACAACUUUCCCGCCUGCGCGCGUCAUCGGGUAGCGUAUGGUCUACAGGGUAGCGCAUCGGAAUGCGGUGCUGGUGGAAUAGGGUUUGACGGCAACGGCUGGACCAACUCGGGUCACUGGGCAUGUGGCAUUCUGGCGUCUUGUAGGCCGCUUUUCAAAGAACGCUGACAAAGAACGCUUUCAAAGAACGCUGACGAAGAACGCAAGAAAGCGUGACUUGACAUGUGAUCCUGGUUUUGUACCACGCUUCAGUGAAUUUCUUUGACCCGAACUUGGGUAAAUGGAUACGCGCCACUGAGAAUGUGCCCGUUUACAACGACAAAAGGGGAUUCUUUAUAUUUUUCCGAUGCUCCGCCGGAUCGAACCAGUGUCGCACGCGUUGCUUAAUGGCCACCGCUUGAAGCCUUAGCGAGCUAAGUGAAAAUGCACUGGAUGUGUGCCGCUUUUCAAUCAACGUCUUUCACGCCAA